UUUCUUUAUUCAGGCUACUGAAGGCUCAUGCCCAGUACCUAAACCAUCUGUAUUUGAUUUAGUUGGAAAAGCCAAAUGGGAUGCUUGGAAUUCUCUUGGUUCUAUGCCUAAGGAUGAAGCCAAAAAUAAGUAUGUAGCACUUGUAAACCAGUUGCUUUUGCAAAGCAGUGAUGACAGUAAUGUGAACAGCAACGUGGAAAAGGGGAAGUAUGAAGGCAUACAUUAUUCAGAAAGUAAAGAUAUUACUGAAAUAAUAUUUGAUCGACCUAGUAAAAAGAAUGCUAUAACUGUGCAGAUGUACAAAGAUAUGAUAUCUGCUCUAAAGCAGGCAAGUGAAAAUAAAACAGCGGUAACUAUACUUACUGGUCGGGGAGAUUACUUUAGUAGUGGAAAUGAUUUGAGCAACUUUUCUUCUGUUCAAGGUGAUGUUGCUACUGCUGCAAAAAAUGCUGCUGAAAUGUUAAAGGAAUUUGUUGCUGCUUUCAUAGAUUUCCCUAAAAUUCUUGUAGCAGCUGUGAAUGGGCCUGCUGUUGGAAUUCCAGUCACACUAUUGGGUUUGUGUGAUAUUGUUUAUGCCUCGGAAAAGGCCACAUUCUAUACACCUUUUAGCUUGCUGGGGCAAUCUCCAGAAGCAUGUUGUACUUACACAUUCCCCAAAAUCAUGGGUUAUACAAAGGCAAAUGAGAUUUUAUUAUUUAAUAAAAAAUUCACUGCAUCUGAAGCAAAAAGCAUUGGCCUUGUAUCAGAAGUCUUUCAACAUGAAAAAUUCAUGGAUGAAGUGUACAAGCAACUUGCAUUCCUUCCUGAUGCAUCAAAACAGUCCAUGAUAUAUUCAAAAAGUAUAUCCCGUGGUUUAGAGAAAGAUAUUCUGCAUCAAGUGAAUAUAAUGGAAUGUGAAAGGUUAGUGGAGAGAUGGCAAUCUCCUGAUUGCAUGGAAGCUCUUAUGAGAUUUUUCCAAAGAAAAUCAAAGUAUUAAUUUUUAAAAGGACUUUAAUUUGAACCUGUAUCUAAAGUAUUUUAUUAUUAUCAACUUUUUAUAUAAUUUUUUUAUAUCCUGUUGUGAAAACGUUAAAUGUAUAUCUUCAAAAUGAAUAAUAUUUCGCAAUUAUAUUCUUUUCUGAAUUUGUUGCUGAAAUUAUGUUUUAUGUAUGAAUUUGUAUGAUAUUUUGUAAAUAAGACAAUGGUUGAAAAUAAUUAAAGCUAUUAU